UUGAAACUGUAUCAAUAAACCAAUUAGGCACAUUUGGGCAGACUUGAUACAACAUUUUGAACAGUAAUGCAAUGGAUAAUUGGAUCAGUCUAAAACGUUGCACAUACACUGCUGCCAUCGAGUGGCCAAAAUUUAAAUCACACAGAGUCCUAAGUCAUAAUGGCCUUUCUCUUGCAUUUUAAAGAUGGAACAUAAAACAUUUCUCGUAUUAUCUUUUACCAGAUCUAAAGUGUUAUUCUCCGACAUUAAUUUCACAUUUUCACAAAUUUCAAAGUGUUUCCUUUCAAAUGGUAUCAAGAAUAUGCAUAUCCUUGCUUCGGGUCUUGAGCUACAUGUAGUUCAAUUUGGGUAUGUCAUUUUUGGCUAAAAUUGUGUGUGUGGGGGGGUCUGAUCCUUAAGUUGUUUAAACUUUUUCCUCCCAAUGACGUUCCUACAUGAGAAUUACCAGCGCAAUCUGAGAUUCCCCCCAAAAUUCUGUUGCCGUGGAAUUGCCCAAGUCAAGAAUUUACAAUUAUGCCACAGACUUGAUAGACAAGGCUUAAAGUGCUUUGCUUUUGUUUAAAAGUGUGAUACUCCUUGGCACAAAUUAAUUGAGUGCUCCAUUGGUUCUUGCAUUAGGCAAAGCGCUGACUGUAUGGCAUCAGGGUGUAUUUAGUGUUCAGGAUAUGGGAGGGGUUGCCAAGAUGCCAACAAUGCCUUGUGGAGGCUGAGUGUGAAUUUGUCUGUGAUGCUCAUGAAUUGGGAAGUUGAGUAUUUUGCUUCAGUCACCACCCCAGAACAUAACAAAUGACUGCCCUCAUUUGCAAUAUGCAAUAUUGUUCCCAUACCAAUUAAGUUUGUUUGAACCAAAUGUGUCUGUCUAUCCUUGUGUGACAUUCACAGAUUUCCAGUCCAAUCUUUCUGCUCUGAUACUUUUUUUUAUAGUUAGUGCCACUGCCACAUGACUGGGUUUUAAUUACACAUACACCUGUAUCAGAGCUGAGCACUGAAGAGAAAAAUAAAAACAGAUGGAGAAGGGGAGUAGAGAGAAACAGGAAGGGAGAGAGAGUGAGCGAUGGGAAGAGAGAGCGAUUGAGAGGUAGAGAGAGAGAGAGAGAACAUAUUCUGGUGUUGGGGAGGGAGAGAGGAAAAAAAGAGAUGUACAUAUUCUGGUGUUAACUGCAACUUGCUGUGUUUACUAGGGACCCAGUCUAAUGGAACGUUAGUUCUCAAACCAGCUCACAGAGCGAGAGAGUGGAUAGUUGGCAUGGCAGAGGUGGAGAUAAGGCGGGGCUUGCCGGACACUAGAUGCCUCGGGGUCGGAAACUCUGACAAACAGGGUCCUGCAUUUCUUCCUAGGGCUGGGUACGUUGUUGAGUCCCCUCGUAGCAGACCCUUUCCUGUCUGAGGGGAGUUGUGUUCUGGGGGGACAUGACAGCCAACUCCUCCACUGACCCCCAUCACUUUCGCAGCUCCCUGGCAGGCAAAGGGACAACCCCACUGCACAAGGUAUCCCACCACUUCCACCUCCACACAGAGGGCAUCAUCAUCACCACCAACAUCUCCUACUCAUUCUGGAUCAUGUCUUUUUAUUAAUUGGGGAUGAUAGUGGUGCAGUGUCUGCUGUUGAUCCUGUACUCCAGCCAUGUGUUCAUCUUCAUAGGGAUGUGUGUGUUGGGCCUCUUCAUCAGCAGUGUGUUCCCCUGCAUGGUGGCCCUCACAGAAGAUAUGGUCAACUAUAAAGGUUGUGUCACUACAGUCCUGGUGACCAGUGCUGGUACGGGAGAGAUGGUUCUGCAGCUUCUCACAGGACAGUUGAUCCACAGCAAAGGCAGUCAUAGUUUCCUGUUGGUUAGUAUGAUCUCAUCCUGCAUCGGAUUCACUGUGUUCCUCAACCUACUCUACAUUCAACACCUACACAGGAGCUCCCAAGCAGUUUGGCCACCUCCUCUGCCUGCAGCAGCUUGAACUCGCCCUCCUCAUUGGUCCAGCAGAUCAGCUGAUCAUUGGUGGGGUCCAAUAGGAGCUGGAGAAGGAACUGCCACAGGGUCACGGAGCUGUCCAUGCUCCCCGCUACAGAGAGAGAGAAAGGGGAUGAAGAUGACAGACCAGACAUGCAGUGUCACCAAAAGGCAGUUAGUUAUUGGUGAUUCCAUGUUAAAGUCAACCUGAGCAUGUAAAAAUAAAGUUACAUUUACAAAUGAAACCACAUUCCAAAUGAUCAUUCAUGUCUAUAUGUUGGAGUUCAGGCUUUAUUUGACCAAUUAAAGCAGGAAUUGCAUGAUUUAUUUUAUAUUACAGUGUAGGAGGCCACCUCUCUAAGGUUUUUAGUCAUUCAUAUUUCAUUGCAAUUACAAAGGGCUCGCAGAGCUUGUUUUUCCACUCACACCUGUCCCCAAUGUUAAUGAGGAAGAUGAGAUGUUAAUGAAGCAAUACAGAGCAAAUUGAGUGUCUUGAGUUUUGUUUGUAUGUUCUAUAGUCUUAUAAAUAUAGGGGGAGGGACUGGGAUAGGCAAUGUUUUUUCUUUUUUUUGUUAUGUUUUUGUAUUGUAAACCAUACAUCGGAUUAUUUCAACUUUCUCUGUAAAGCUAACUUUCAUUAAGAUUUUAUAUGGUCAACAAAUGGGUCCUUUCUUUUCAUUGUCAAUACCCUUUUUCAGCAUGAUGAUAUCCGUAACAUUGAUAAGUUAUGAAUGUGAUGGAUAUUGAUUUAUCAAAUCGUAGCUUCACAGACUUGUGCAUUCACCAGAUUUUGUGUGCUUGUUCUGAGAUGUAUCCCUUAGACUUUUACUGAAGCAAUUGUUGAUAUCUUGAAAGUUGGGUUCAAGCUAAGAAUAUCUUGAAUAUAUGCUGAAAUGCAUUUCUCAUACAUGUCAGUAACGUUUUUUUAUAGAUAAUAUGUGAAUAGUUUCAAAUGAAAGCCCUCCAAAAUAUACUGCCUUCAUCCAGUGUCCAGAAAAGUAGAUUGGCAGUAUAGGCACAUACAUAUGGUCUCAUUUGCAUAUUUUGUUACAAAUUGUAAUUACCCCAAAAUAUUAUAUUUUUGUGUCAACAUUCAACUGGUAGGGGCUGAUAUUUAUGAAGAGCGAGAGAGAAAAAUACAUUUUAGGGUGUGGUACCUGGUCUUGUAUACACUGUUUUUAUGUAACCUUUAUUUAACUAGGCAAGUCAGUUAAGAACAAAUUCCUAUUUACAAUGAUGGCCUAGGAACAAUCGGUUAACUGCCUUGUUCAGGGGCAGAACGACAGAUUUUUACCUUGUCAGCUCGGGGAUUCAAUCUAGCAACCUUUCGGUUACUAGUCCAACACUAACCACCUGCCGCCCCUACUCAGGUAAUUACGCAAUCGUAAAACACUAUGCCUUUUGCUGACAUUUUUAAAACAUUCCAAAUGCGUUGACAGAUUUUGAUCAAGAAAUCUUUAAGAUUUGAAUGUCUAAUUCAGGCAAACAUUCAUAACGGUCAUUGUACCUUUCUAAAGUAAAAAUGGAAAUUUCAAUAUCAAAAGAUAUACAUUUUUGUGUUUAGCUAAAUAGAUAGCUGUUUUGAUACGAGACUUCCAGUGCAUUCGGAAAGUAUUUAGACCCCUUUCCUUUUCCCACAUUUUGUUAUGUUACAGCCUUAUUCUAAAAUGGAUUUUAAUUUGGUUUUUAAAAGGC